UCGAGUCUAUUUACGUAGUUGCAUGAACGCAACGUCGAUCACAUGACCAAUGUAUAAUUGGAGUUUAGCCGCUGUUUCCCCCUUGCCCUGCGCAUAUUAGGUACAAGAAGCUUGGCCAGAUCCUUCAGCCACCUUUUCAUCUGAACCCCGGGCAAUACUGCGUCUUUUACACAUGAGCCCAGGAUCCGGGUGAGAUUGAGUCUCCCCUUCUUUCUGUGGAGCUUUGAGAUCAGGAUUUUCGAUCUCCGUCAACCUGCAUAUGCUUUUUCUGCACGCGAAACUCACCUUGCAUAGCGGGCGAAACGCUGCACUGAUAUGGACAGAGCAAUCCGAUGCGAACCAAACAAAAGCGUCCGAACCGAACAAACAGCCGAUCAAAGAUUCCAGACACGUCGAUGGGAUGAACCGACAAAUCCUUCCUCUACCCCUUCUUGGCGCUUGAAACCUCAAACAGAUGGAGCCCAUCCCGAUCCAGUCAUAUCUGAUCGUUUAGACGCCAUCUCGGGUGGAGAGCACCAAGCUUUUCUUAGCGUGAGGGCAGCGUUUCAAACACCCGGCGAUGUGGGUAUUUGUGUGGAAAAUUCACCCACCCGAGCGGGAACUCAAUUCACCCCCUGUGCUGUGCCAGGCUCUGGGCCAAUCUCCAAAAGCGGCUGGCCCCGAUCUGACCCUUCGCUAGGGAGGCGACGACGGAUACAUAUUUUAAGCAUAUCCCCUGACGAAGCCUAUUUCCCUUUCCUCUUUUUCUCGACAACCGCUCUUUUUGGUCCCCAGAUUCAUUUUUGAUUGCUUUCGUUCUUCCUUCGUGAGGAUAGAAAUACUACACACCGCACUUGACGUUGCGAUCUGGAUCUUGCUCUUGCUUCAUUCAGUCUUACCUUCUUUUGCACAUACACACUCCUUCAGUUGAUUGAAUCAACUUUGCUCCCAGCACAAACACACAGACAGUCGUCUCACGAUCUACUUUCAGACACCUCACGUACACACUCCUUCGAGUACUACCACAGAACGAAAACACAAUCAACCCAACUCUAAAAAGUUCAGCUUCGAUCUCGCCAAAAUGCGUACCACAUUCUCCACCCUCGCCGUCAUGGCCUCGUCUUUGCUGGUCAAGGAAACUUUCGCAGCUCCAGCCAUCCGCGCAAGAGACUACUACUUGGACACCGACAAUGUCAUCGUGACUGAGGAGGUUUGGGUCACCGAGUUGCCUGACGGAUCCUAUGCCACCGGAGCACCUGUUGCUGUGGGCACAAUCACCAUUGACGGCAGUGCUGUUCUCGUCACUGAGCCAAUUCCUUCAGCCACUCCACCUCCGCCAGCACCAAUUUCCGUGGCUCCUGCAACCACCGAGGUCCCAGCUACUCCCUCCACAUCAUCCACGCCUCUUCCUGAGCCAACUACUUCCAGCGUUGUUGCAGAUGCUGUCUUCAUUGAGCAGACUCCCAGCUCGACCUCGGUUUAUGUCGCACCAACCACUUCCGAAGCACCAGUUGUUGUUCCUACAACAUUGGAGAGCGUUGUUGUUCCUCCAACAACCACUUCGGCAGCUCCAGUAGCUACCACCCCCGCCUCGAGCUCUUCCUCCGGCAAGCGUGGUCUUGCUUACAACGACGCAAGCCUCCUCUCAGCAUUCACCAGCGCCUCAGACGUAACCUGGGCCUACAACUGGGGUUCUACCACACCCUCCAUCCCCUCCAACUUCGAAUACGCUCCUAUGCUCUGGGGUCUCCGCCCCGAUGACAUCAGCAACUGGGCACACGCUGUUGAGACUGCCCUCGCAGGCGGCUCCACCCAUCUCCUCGCUUUCAACGAGCCCGACUACUCUGGUCAGGCCAACCUUGCACCCGCCGCAGCUGCCACUGGAUACCUCACCUACAUGCAACCAUACGCAUCCAAGGCCAAGCUCGUUUCCCCUGCUGUCACUAACGGAGGUGGCGAGAUGGGCUUGACUUGGUUGUCGAACUUCAUCUCCGCGUGCUCCUCCUGCACCAUCGACAAGGUUGCCAUCCAUUGGUACAACGGAGGAGAUGCUGCUGCAUUCAAGGAGUACAUGGCCAAGGCCUACACUGCUGGCGGCAACCGUCCUCUCUGGAUCACUGAGUUCGAGGCUGCCGGAUCCGACUCCGAGCAAGCUGCUUUCUUGACCGAGGUCAUGGCUUGGAUGGAUGAGACUGAUUACGUCGAGCGUUACGCUUACUUCAUGGUGUCUGAGGGCAACCUCGUCAACGGCAAGUCGCUCAGCUCCUUGGGCUCGACUUACGCUUCGUCCGCAUAAGCACCCACACAUCAAGAUGUGAUGGGCGAGAUGCGACACGAGAUAACGGCCUUUGAUUCUCCUCACCUACUUUCUUGUUCUACCUUUUGUAGAAGCAUGAUCGAUAGAUCACAAGAAAAGCUUUACUUUCUUUGUACAUACUUUCUCUUUGAUGGAAAAAUUAGGGGGCGAACAGCGGUGUCAUCUAGACUGCAGGAUCGGGAUCAGGAAAUCCAUUUUGGCGAAGGUGUAAGGAGAGAUCUCCUGGAAGGCAAUGAAGAGAUAUAGAUCGCAUUCUUUUUGACUAUUCUCGGAAUGAAGAAUGCUCUCUUCAACCAUUCGUGUUCCGGGCUUUGUGACUGUAUCGUACCUAAUCGUGUGAUAGGGCCCCAGGCGGAGAAUGGUAACGCCAUUCCAGGGAUUACGCAAUGUGGCGUAUAUCUCAGCACACCUAGUAGACGAGCAGGCAUGCCCUGUCCAGCGCCACAAGCGCUGUCAGUGCUUGAUCAGCUGUAGCCCAUCCAGCGUUCUCAACAUCAGCAUAGCAGCGACAACACUAAAUUUCCUCCAAACCGCUGGCUUAUCUUAAUCAUCUCCGGUAACAUCACCACUCUCUUUACCGUCGAUAUAACCAGCCAACCACCGAAACGAAACAGUGACACUCCCAGCACUCGCAAGCAAAAUCUUCCACCCUCGUCCACCCUCCGUUCCCUUGCAGCGUCCCAAAACACCGGCGUCUCAACCUCGCAAACCC